UGAUUGGUCAAUUCAAUGCCACUUGUACUCCAUGAGUAAAAUUUCCGAACGCACUCCUGGCUCUAAGGGUAUGUUACGUAUUGAAUGCAUUGCAUCGCAUUAGGGUUAACUGUGAUUCUCUCGUGCACCGCUGCCAAGGAGGAGGAGAAGGUCUUAUAAUGUAUCGUUUCUGAAAAACAAUUAACGGUUCUGCAAAGACAACAAUGACUGAAAACAAAUUUUCAUUAUCCAUGUUGGACUAAGAUUUACAUUUUCCUCCAUUAUGUUGGUUAUGCAAUUAUUUAAUUUAAUUAGAAAUUCAAUCUCAAUAAAUAUAUCCAUCAAUAGUCAACGAAUAUAUAUCUUGGAUAUAUUUUUAUAAAGGCAUAAAUACAAAAUGCUGGUAGUUUAGUGAUGUGCCUUUAUCUUCAAUAUUUCAACUUUAUUAUGACGGAAUCAUCUUGACAUUUUGAAGAAAAAUUAUAUCCUAUAAAAAUAUAAACUUUUUAAAAGUGUAGCUACAUAUAUAUAAAGAUGGAUAGCUCAGAAUAUGAAAUGGUCAGAAACAUGACUCUUCUCUUCUUCUUUGAACGACUGAUGGACAAGGGUGGUCCACGUACAUUACAUGAUCUAAGCUGCCAAUUUGGAGCAAAAGGAUUCACGAAGGAAAUGCGUCAAAUAGCAGGAGGAUCGCAAAGUGGCCUUAAAAAAUUUCUAGCACAAUAUCCGGCACUAUUUUUAAUUGACGGUGAUUAUGUGUCUGUUAAUACAUUUCAACCAGUUGUAGAGGAGGAGAGCGGAAAUAAAUCUGGUAAACGUGACUAUGCCCGCGAGGCUGUAGAAUACUUUACGAAUAAACUAUUGCAAUACGGAGUGGGCACCGAAGUCCCUAUCAAAAGUCUGCUGGGUCAUCGAUCACAAGCUUCACCAGAGGUUAGGCACAUAUCUGGUCAACAUUACAAGGAAUUUCGUGAUUUCCUUUUAAAGUAUCCUGAUGCAUUUGUAAUCAGUGAGGAUAAUGUAAUAUUGAAGCAAUACGAAGGUAUAAAAGCAGAACCUUUUCAUGAACUGGAGCCAGAUAUCCCAAUAGAUCCAGAUGUUACAGCCAAGCUGUUAGACUUUUUCUGUAUAUGCAUUGAACGGAAAGGCUCAAUUCUUAUAGAUCAACUAUUUAAUAUGGUUAAUGAGAAAUUCUCACAUGAAAAUUGGAAAAGUAUAUUUAACACGCCACAGGAUUUAUCUACUUUUAUAAAAAUGUUUCCUGAUGCUUUUCAAGUGCAAACCAAUUUAGUGACAUUAAUAGGUCGACCGAAAUCUUCUAUGAUGGAGCCUGCAGUCGCGAAAGCGAAAACUACGAGUGGCAAUCAACGCAAUAGCGUGACUCAUACCAAUAAUGCAGUGCCGACCGUUUCACCGAACAAGAUUCAAUUUUCUCAAUCGUCUUCGAAUCAAUCAGAGAAUAUCUGUAAUAAUGCGACGUUUCAAUCUAAUUCGUUGCAAAAUGCAUUCACAUCGCCUGUCGAGAGCAAUAAUAAUUCGCCGCCCGUUAGUUUGCAACAACAGAGUCUCAAGCAAAGAUUCAAUACAAUUGUUAUGAGAACUCUGGCUGAUAAUACAGAGCGGGAUCGCAGUUUACAAACUGCCCAGAUGGGCGACGCAUGGAAACUGAAAGUGUUGCAACAAACUAGAGUGAUAGCAACACCACGGGAAAGUCUUCAAGUUAUAGAGGAUAUAAUAAAUCCUCGAAAGCCUCCUCCCGAUGGUAAAGUGGUCGUGUCUUUUGAUUGCGAGGGCAUAAACCUCGGUGUCAAAGGACAAUUGACACUUGUACAAAUUGGUACAAUGAGUGGUCAAGCAUAUGUGUUUGAUUUAUUCACAUGUCCGAAUCUUGUUCAAGCUGGAGGUCUUCAGAAAUUGUUAGAACAUCCUCAUGUUAUUAAGGUAAUUCACGAUUGUAGAAAUGAUAGUGUCAAUUUGUACAAUCAGUUUAAGAUAACAUUGACGAACGUUUUUGAUACACAGGCAGCACAUGCAGUGCUUCAGUUCCAAGAAACAAGAAAGCCUGUAUACAAAGUUAAAAAUGUUAAUCUGAACACCUUAUGCGAUCAUUACGGUGCUCCAUGUAAUCCUCUUAAGGAACAAUUGAAAAAUAUUUAUCGUAAAGAUCAACGCUAUUGGUCUCGGCGGCCCAUGACGCGAGACAUGCUGAUUUACGCGAGCAGUGAUGUUUUGAGCCUUGUACCUCAAGUUUAUAAUGCCAUGUUUAGACUUAUAAAGCCGGAAGUACAAGGUCUUUUUGCAGAAUUAUGCGAAGAACAAAUUCAAAUGCAUAUAAGACCAGCAGAUGUAAAAGCGCGUAAAAAGCAGCGAAAAGUGGAAACUGAAGUAGCAGAUCUGAAAAAAAGAAUGGAAGAAGCGACAAGUAAAAAUAUCGUACUAAGUAACCGCGAGAUUCGGCUUCUUCGCUAUUUGGAUCUUACCGAGGAUGAAAAAGAAAAGCUUAAAGGAAGUUACAAAGUUGCGAGAAAACUGGAAAAAUUAGAGAAUAUGGGUCAGGAUAAAGCUGACAGUAGCGAUGACGAUGAUGAAGAUAAGACAGAUGAUCCUGAAUAUCAGAGUUUGGAAAGUUACACAUCAGAAAAUUCUCAUUCUGGUGGUAUAUUAUCUCCGCGAAAUGUUGACACCCCAAGCUUGACCGAGUCGAUGCAAAUGAUGGAUGAAAUACUAUCAGAUGGGCGGAUGGAUAAAUUGGAAAAAAUAGAAAAAUUGGAGGCUAUAUUAUCAGCUGUUACCAGCUGCACGACUGAUCAGCUUCCUGCCAACAGUGCUGAUGCAUCACCUACCAAAUGCGUCUGCAUGUGUCAAAGUGACAAUUCGCGGACAGAUCGCCAAGCUGCUGGAACUAGUGUGGCUUGUCAAACGCUUAGUACAGGUGAUAUAGUAAUUACUAGAAUUUUUGUCAGUGAGGAGGAAAAAGAAAGAGUAAGAUUACAGAAUUCGCCAAAAAAGUAGAUAUUACAGCUGCUGUGAAAGUAGUAGAAAAGUUGCCAUUUAUAGGUUUUUUUAUAAAAGGAAAUGAAUGCAUAAGAGAAAAAAGUAAUUAAAAUUUAUCUAUUUUAUGUAUUAUAAUAAGAAUCAUAGAGAUCAGAACUAGCAAAAUUUACAAAACAUAUGCUUUCUGGCAUCUCUGCCCCUUUAAAAAGUGUCUUAAAUGAAGCAAGCCUUGUUAUAUAUAUGCCUUUUCAAAUCUGAUAAUGAAUCAGAUUUCUGAAAAAAGGUAAUUAAUUUUAUACGAGGAUAUCGUUUAUUAUUUGUCUAAAGAUUAUCUUUCUUUUACAAGCAUUUAAGAAAGACCGAAUCGUGUUUAAUGAUAGCUUUUUAUAGGCAGACAUGUGAUUUUUAACAAAUUACGAAUUGUGACAUUUUAUGUUUAUUUCGAAAUUAAAUGAUUAAAAUAUAAAUAAAAAAUGCUAUUUUUUUUAA